AUGUCACUUAACAGUUCUGGUUUUAUUCCCAGAAGUGUUAAAGCCAUUAGGAAUGUGAAAAGUAUUACUAAAACCACUACAACAACUUAUUAUUAUUUACAGGUCGGUGCAUACUGCUAUGCGGAACUGGGUACAAUGAUAACGAAAUCUGGAGCUGAUUACGCUUAUAUUAUGGAAACUUUUGGACCAUUUUUGGCUUUUAUACGUUUAUGGAUUGAAUGCAUGAUAGUACGUCCUUGUUCACAAGCUAUAGUGGCAUUAACGUUCAGUGUUUAUGUGUUGAAACCCUUCUUUCCCGAAUGCCAACCACCAGAAGAUGCUGCCCGCUUACUCGCCGUUUGCUGUAUUUUGGUCUUAACUUUUGUCAACUGCUGGGACGUUAAAUGGGCCACCGCUGUGCAGGAUAUUUUCACAUACGCCAAACUGCUAGCACUAUUCGUCAUCAUUGGUUCCGGCAUGUACCAGUUGUACACGGGCAAUGUACAGUAUUUCACUUUUGAAAAUACGGACACAAGAGUAACUUCGCUGGCGCUGUCAUUUUACUCCGGAUUAUUUGCUUACAAUGGUUGGAAUUAUUUGAAUUUCAUUAUUGAAGAAUUGAAAGAUCCUGUUAAGAACUUACCCCGCGCCAUUGCCAUUUCAUGUACUUUAGUUACAAUCGUCUAUGUCUUGGCAAAUGUUUCCUUCUAUACUAUUUUAUCACCAGAUGAAGUUUUAGGCUCACAAGCUGUAGCCGUAACCUAUGCAGAACGUGCAUUCGGCAUGUUCGCUUGGACUAUUCCAGUCUUUGUGGCAUUAUCCACAUUUGGUGCAGUCAAUGGUAUUUUAUUAACUUCAUCGCGUCUCUUUUAUGCUGGCGCCAAUGAAGGACAGAUGCCCGAAAUUUUGACCAUGAUACAAAUACAACGCUUCACUCCCACACCAGCUGUUUUGGCCAUGGCAUUGCUCUCAAUGUUGUACUUGACUGUUUCUGAUAUAUUUGCGCUGAUAAAUUAUGUUGGUUUUGCUACUUGGUUGAGUAUCGGUGUAGCUGUACUAUGUUUGCCUUGGUUACGUUGGGCCCAACCAAAUUUGCCACGUCCUAUUCGUGUUCCAUUGGUAUUCCCUAUUGUUUACUUGAUUGCAACGGUUUUCGUUACGGUGGUGCCUAUGUAUGCUAGUCCAGUUGAAACUGGCUAUGGUGUGCUGAUGAUACUUUCAAGCAUACCAGUUUAUUUAGUAUUUGUUGCUUGGAAAAAUAAACCGAUUUGGUUCCAGAAAUCAAUGGGUGGUUUCACACAAGCUCUACAAAAAAUGAUGAUGGUUGUUCGACCAAAAGCUACUGCAAAGUAAGCUUAACACAUUUCCUACAAAAGGUGCUUAUGGUACUCGGAAAAACUAAGCCAGCUCAGGUGUAAAAUUCAUAAAAUCUAUGAAAACUGUGAGAAUUUAAGUAACUAAGUAUGAAGUACAUUUUAAGGACAGAAUUUGCAUUUUCUAAAACUAGCAAUGAAUAAAAUAUGACGAAUUAUAAUUUCAUAUUAAAAAAAUCUAAACAAUUAAUAUAUAAUUUAUUACAA